AUGGAUGAAGAAGCCUUUGAAGCAUGGAUUCUUUCUAGUGGAGUUGGUGAUGACACCACAAUAGGAGAAGAAGAGCUGCACUUCGAAGAACAUAUCAAUGCAGAAGAAGAGGAAGAAGAUAAUGAGGUAUGGUACUUCUCUGACCAUGAGUCUGAAAAUGAAGAACAAACAAUGAAUGAGUUAAAUGAAGAUAGGGGUAAUGAGGAAGACAACAAAAAACCAAACUUGCCCAACAACAUACGAAGACAAAUUGUAAUUGAAAUGUUUGCAUCUGCAUCUGAUGAGUUAGUAUUACCAAGGGGACUUUUAACAACACUAAGGCAGAAAUACUCAUGUAGUAGAUCAACUAUGAAUAGGAUAUGGACUCUUGCUAGAAAGCAGAAAAUAGAUGGUGUAGAGGUCAAUGUUGCAAGUAGGAAAAUUGGAAAUUGUGGGAGAAAGGUAAAAUUCACAGAUGAUGAAGCCUUGAGAAGGGUACCUCUAAAGCAAAGGACAACCAUCAGGUCCUUUGCUACGGCCUUAGAAGUUAGCCCCUCAACAGUUUACAGGUUGUUAAAAAGAGGUAUACUCAGAAGCCAUACAAACUCAAUCAAGCCCAAACUCACACCAAAACACAAGGUAGCAAGAAUGAAAUUUGUGUUGUCUCAAAGCAUACCAAAAUCAAUGAAUGAAUUGCCAAAGUUUAAUCAUCUUUAUAACAUGAUUCAUAUUGAUGAAAAAUGGUUUUUCAUGAGCAAAAUCACACAAAGAUUCUACUUGUUAUCAGAAGAAGAGGACCCAUACAGAGCAUGCCAAUCAAAAGCAUUCAUUACAAAAGUUAUGUUCUUAGCUGCCAUAGCAAGACCAUGGUUAGGGCCAACAGGGGACAUAUUAUGGGAUGGGAAGAUUGGUAUCUUCCCAUUCAUAGAUGAAGUUAGAGCACAAAGGUGGUCAGCUAACAGACCAGCAGGUACAAUUGAAAAGAAGGCAAAGCAAAGUAUUACAAAGGAAACCAUCAGGGAAAUGAUAAUCAACAAGCUUCUGCCAGCAAUUAGAGCAAAAUGGCCAGAGAAUGGGUGCAAAGAGAUAUGGAUUCAGCAGGACAAUGCUAGACCCCAUAUCCAACCUAAUGAUGCUGAGUUUUUGGAAGCAUGUAGAGAAGGUGGUUUUGAAAUUAACAUAAUCUGCCAGCCAGCCCAGUCACCUGACCUCAAUAUACUGGAUUUGGGUUUCUUCAAAGCCAUUCAAUCAAUUCAACAUCAGAGCUUUCCAAAAACAGUUGAUGAGUUGAUUAAAAGUGUUGAAGAUGCAUACACAGUGUAUGAGCCUAGGAUAAUCAACUAUACUUGGAUACAUUUGAUGUAUGUUAUGGUGGAGAUAUUGAAGGUCAAGGGUGGAAACAAUUACAAAAACCCACACAAUUCCAAAAAAAAGAUGGACAGAUUGGGUCUACUACCAACUACUGUUGAAAUUUCAGAGGAGUUGGUAAAUGACACAGUUAAUCUACUCAAUCAAGACAUUGUGUUUGGGCCUGAGCCAUUUGAAGCAAUGGAAUUGCUUCCAGAAGAUCAGUAG